AUGUCCACCCACCCAUCCGAGAGCGACAUGCUGACUGUGCGCCAUGCCGUCACCCAAAUCCACUACGCGCUCUCUCGCCGUCCGUGUCAGACCAAGCUCGGGCACGAGAAUAUGAAGAACUGGUACAAUAUGUUCUUCGCUGCGCUCGACAAGGCCUACGACUUCCAGGCGCAGUUCAAGUUAAACACCUGGCCGCGCUACACCCUCGGCGCCUUCUACGAGUACGAAAAAUCCCGGCACGUCGCUGGAUACGCCGGGUCUCCAUUCGAGAUCGUACCCAUUGCCGACACCGCGGCUGCUCAGAAGGCUGGGUACAAUUUCGACUUGCACAUAGUCGGUAAUGACCACGGCCAGAUUGGACUCUUGCCGGAGCAGGACGUCGACCUUAGUUGGUGUGACAUCGAAGCCACAGUGACAGACUCACAGUCGACGGGGGAUGGAGCUAACAAGUCAAGCACCACGAAGUCCGGAGCUGCGAAGAGCACCGAGGGUACGAAGAGUGCCGGGGUUCCGAAGAUUGCCGAUGCUACCGAGAACACCGGUAGUUCAAAGACUACCGGUACUACGAAGAACCGCAAAACCUGCGAAGGGGCGCGCAAGAGGUUUAACCCGAGGAUGUCACGGCCCAUCAAAAAGCCUGCUGAACCGGCAAAGCCUGCCCGUCGUCAGCUGACCAAAGACAAGAAAGGCAAGGGUCGGGCGACAACGGUAGAGGUGACUACCGAUGACGAUGUCAGCAACGAAGAAGAAGAAGACGACGAGAGCGAGGAGGAAACCCCUCUCCAAGACACGUUCGAUCACCAAGAAGGCAGUGUCUUUUGCGACCCCCACGACGCCACCGCUGUCCAAGACGAGGGGGCGACAUCAGCGGCACCGGAGCCGCCAAAGAGGACCACCGCUACGCCGAAGAAGAGGGCGAGGAGCCAGAGUCGUGAUGUGACGAGGACUGCCGGGACGAAUUCCGGUGAUGAAGACAACGCUCCGUCCGGCGGUGGUAGCGGCAAGACCACCACCAAGAAGCCAGUGAAGCGAGUCCUCCGACCCGCUCAUCCCGACCAUGUCGCGCCGGAGAAGAACUUCGACCCGUUGCCCGACCACAAAGGCCGGAUCCCGGUCUAUGUGAUUCGAAAGGACGGACCAAUGGCACACUUCCGGUGUGGACGUUGCAAGGCUGCCGGCACCGACUGCCGGAUCCUCAUCUUCGACGGGUCGUACUGCAAGUCUUGCCGCACGAAGAAGAUGGCCUGCGACCUCUCGCCCAUUGGGCACGGUAGGCUCGGCGCCGCGGCAUACCGCUCAUACCGGGCCUUCGUUCAGUUGGCGAACCCGGCGCGGUAUCCAGACCCGGUAUUGGUUUCUCGUUUGCUCUUGGCUCUCCAGGACUCGGGACUCGCGGACUGGUUCUUUGACUGGUACUGGGACUUCUACGAACUCGAUCUGGCGACACGGCAGAAGAUGAUCAACGACCCCAAGUACCACAUCGACUUGCAUUGGCGGAAUGAAGGACGCCCAUUCGGAGGGAUCGCUGGUGACGUAGAGGUGAUGCCGAGGGGAAGGAAGUCUAACACCGACAAGGAUACCGUGCCACGGCAAAAAAGCAACGAGAUCGACGAAGACGAUGCUAGCGACGGCGAGCACGAUGACGAAAAAAUGACCGAGGCUGAAGGAGGAUACCACAGCUCUUCCGAACGUGCUGCUAAGAAGAGGCGCGUUACCGGAAGGUCGAAGUCCGUCUCAUCGACGCCAGUCUCAUGUACGCCCUCCGUCACCGGCAUUGGAUCGCGCAACCAGCCACCUCCACCGCCUGUGGACCCCUUGCGCGACUUCCAGCCAGAAUCACUGGUGGCCGCUCCCACCAUGGAAGCCACUAUCCGCGCGAUGCAAGCGCAGAUCCACGAGAUGGCGCACGAAAUCGCGGCUCUGAAGGCUGCUAUGUAUCCUAAUAAUACCGGUAAUAUGUUCGCCGGCAGUCAGUUCAUAUGGCCGGCAGUCCCCACCGUGAACCCCUUCGCCCAGUAUCCGGCUGGAUUCACUGCACAUGGCGGAGAUGAGUACACACAGAACGGUGGCUACUUUAACCCUCAAGCCCACACCUCUGGUAUUCCCGGUCCCAGUCAGCAGGGUGUGCCCGACCCUUAUGAACGCAUCGCCAAUCUCGGCCAGUUCGGCACUCAUAAGGAUUUGCAGUCAACGUCGCCUUCUGGCUCCGUGCCAAUAGACUGGUCGGACAGCGGCCUCGGAUGCAGUGCCGGGGGAAUCGGGAGUUCGGUCUUUGUCACCUCCUCCGACGCUCACACCGGUAUUGGCCUUGCCGGUCCUGCUGCCGGCACAUCUCCGACUGUGACCAUCACCUCUCAUGGUGCUGACUCCGGCCCUUCCCCUGCUGGUCCAGAGCCUCUCGCUGCCGAUAUUCGUGGGGUGGGCACGUCGCCUGUUCCUCGUCCGCACGGGCACGAAAAUAAGACCGACGGCAAUGCACAUGUGGAUGUAUCCUCCACGCCCCACGACACCGAUCUUGGCAAGCCUGCCGAAGCUGGCGUUGACAUGGUACCCAUCGUGACGCGCACCGAUGCUCCCUCCGGUGCUGCUGACGGACUCGCCACCAGAGAUCACAGGGAGGCGGAUGCUGAGACCGAUAGGGAAAGCGAUCGCGAUGCGGAUGGGCAAGAGGAACCUGAUGAGGGGUCAGGCGCGGGUCAUAACACCGGCAGGACUCCGGUGAAGGAGUUGGCGAAGUUGCCCGAGGAUGCUGAUGGGGCGCAGGACAUGGACAUCUCUGCAUGA